AGAGUUUGUCUGGUCUGCAGAUGUUCAUUCAGCAGCGUCUCUCACAGUGAGUCCUGACAGAGUGCAACACUUCACCUCUGACUCUGUCUCACUGACCUGUGAGGGAAACUUCACUGAGUGGAGAGUGAGGAAGUUCUCUGAGGACGGCCGACUCUCUGACUGUAGGAGAAUGACUGGAUCUACAUGUAACGUCACCACAUCAAAGUCAGAUACUGCAGUGUACUGGUGUGAGUCUGGAUCAGGAGAGUUCAGCAGUGCAGUCAACAUCACUGUACAGAAUGAUGGUAAUGGUCCUAUCCUGGUGAGUCCUGUUCAUCCUGUGACUGAGGGAGCUUCUGUUAGUCUGAGCUGCAGUUUGAGAACACAAAAAAUACUUUCCAAUGUGUUUUUCUAUCACAAUGACAAACUUAUUCAAAAUGAUCCCCGAGGGGAGCUGAACAUCUCUGCAGUGUCAAAGUCUGAUGAAGGUUUCUACAAGUGUCAGUACUCAGGAAGAGAGUCAGCACAGAGCUGGAUGUCAGUUAAAGGAGCUGACAGCUCUCCAUCUCCUGUGUGGUUGAUUGUUGGACUGGUUUGUGGAGUCUCUCUCAUUGUUAUUCUCCUGCUCUUGUUGUAUCGCUGCAGAAGAACCAACAGUGCUUCUAACGAGCAGACGCUCAAUCAGGAUGAAGAUCAGCAGCAAGUGUACUCCUCUCUUCUUCAUGAUGAUCAUUUUGUCUAUGAGACAGUCAGAAGAUGUGAAAACACUGAAAAUGGUCCAGCAGAAGGUGAUUACACCAAUGUCACAUCUGUGAUUCAGCUCAAAGUCAUUAACAAGACAAGGCAACGUGGUGACCCAGAGGAGAGCUCUGACUACAAUGAUGUCAAUCCAAAUUCAGCCUCAGCUCUAAAAUCUUAACAGCA